UUAACACGGAAUCCCACUUUGCGAUCGCAACGUCGGUAUAAAUACGCUGCGCGCGUCCACAAAUCCAAUCAGUUUUUGACAAAUCGUAUUUGCGCAAAAAAAAAGUUUCAAAGAUGAAGUCGUUCGUUUUAAUUCUGUGCGUUGCAGUGAUCGCCUGCGUUUGGGCGGAUGAUGGCUGCACGCAGGGUGAAACAAAGAAAUUGGAUUGCAAUACCUGCAAGUGCGGUAACGGUAAUUGGCUGUGCACGCAGAUGGCCUGCCCAUCGCACCAUCAUCAACGCAGGAGUCCCGACGAUUCCUGCCAACCGGGCGAAGUGAAGCAGGAGCGUUGCAAUUCGUGCAGAUGUAUUGACGGCAAAUUCGCCUGCACACGUCGUGCCUGCCCACCGGAAGGUCGCAGGCGUCGUGCUGCACCUACACCUGACAACUGCACUCCUGGAGAAAGGUUCAUGGAUAAGUGCAACCAGUGCACUUGCGGUCCCGACGGAAAAACUGCCCGCUGCACCUACAGGCUUUGCCCACAAUAAUAUAUUUAAGUAUUUAUCGAUUGAUUAAAUGAGUUUAUUCUUACUGGUGAUUAUUUUGACUUAAUAAAGAAUUCAUUGUUGCAUUA